ACCAAGAACGGGAAGAGGCCUAUCUCUACUCGCGCACUCUCCCCAUCCAACCUCAUCCUUCAUCCUCUUCUGUUUCGAAUCAAGUUCCGUUUUUUCUUGUUACCCUCGUUUGUUCUCUCGGCGAACUUGCUGGGGUCCAUCUCGCAUGGACAAUCCCGAGGGCGGCGGCGAUUCGGCGGCCCCUCGGCACCAGGGAUCGUGCCCCGUCUUCGGUUACUUCGGCAGUCUUCAUCCUCCGGAUUCGGUAGAUUCUUGGUUGCAAGGCGGUGAUCGUGACCCUGAUGGCCAACUGCUGUGUGGUUUGCCGUCGAAAGGGCAAGCUAUGGAAGACCAUGGUUUCGGUCGACAAAAUGCGGUUCAGAGAGUCAAUAGCUGUCCUGUUGUUUACCAAGACUGGCAUCAGAAAGGAUUUUUUAGCGACCAGGAAGCGCAUCCUCACCCCCAUGCUACUCGCCGGCAUCUCGACUUCGAUGCCGUAAUGCCCUGCCGCGUUUCCAUUCCUAGGAGCCAUGAUUCCUACGCAGGCCAAAAUCAUGCCGGGUACAGUUCAGGAGUACCUCCUCCUUGCCUCCCGAACUCAGGCCAUUCGCUUUUGAGCAAUGGCGAACUGCAAGAAUCCAGUAAUUGGCAACAAAUUUGCGAUGCAAGCAAGAUGCCACUCCAGUACCCAAGUGGUAUGGACAAGCUGAUGCAGAUGCUAGAGGACUCGGAAAGUAGCUUUGUUUUCAGCAAUCCAACCUGGGAAGUCUUCGAUCUUGUUGGCGAUGGUCAACAUGGAGAUGGAGCGACUAACACUCUGAAAAGUUGGAGCAGUGAAUGCGCUUCCAAAUUACAAGAUCAUGAGAAGGUUGAGGAACCAAACUCGGUCACUCCUCAAAGAAAUGGGAGGAGGAAAGCAGCAGAUGCCAUAGAGGAUGGAAGCUGCAAAAGAUGCAAUUGCAGGAGAUCCAAGUGCUUGAAACUAUAUUGCGAAUGCUUUGCGGCGGGACUUUACUGUAUUGACUCUUGUGCAUGCGAAGACUGCUACAACAGCCUUGACUUCGAGGACACAGUUCUUGAAACACGGAGGCAGAUUGAAUCUCGUAAUCCUCUUGCAUUCGGGCCCAAGGUUGUUCAGCAUGCCACCAAUUCUCCUCCGGAUAAAGUGGAAGGCAGUGGGAGUGAGGCGACCCCAUCAUCCGUGAGGCACAUACGCGGAUGUAAUUGCAAGAAGUCUCAGUGCCUGAAAAAAUACUGCGAAUGCUAUCAGGUCAAGGCUGGAUGUUCCCAUGAAUGCAACUGUGAAGAUUGCUGUAACCCUUUUAGCCCAAAAUCAGCAGAACAAGGGAUCGAACAUAGGGAAAUGUCGCCUUACGGAACGCCGGAUAGUAUGCAAGGCACGCCCAACUCCAGCGGAACUGGGACCGGAGAAGGCAGCUCAAGUUCUUCUCAAGCUGAGGAAUACCAAGGAACUGAGCCUCUCCACUUGCCAUGUUCACCCAUUGAUAUGCCUCCAUCAGACGAAGAUAAAGCGUCACAUGACCUCGUUGGUGUAUCUACCACGCACAACAUGGUGAAGGGUGAAAAUAUUAGUGACAUGGGUACUUCUUCGCUGUCCAACCCGGCAAAUGCUAGCUCGCCCAAUCAGAGACAAGUAUCAACUCCGCAGCUUCGGUCUCCUGGACAGAGUCCAAACAUCUCCCCAAGCUCAAGACGUGCCCGCAAACCUGACUUGCAGACUCGUCCUUCCCCAGAUGGCAAAUCCAAAGGCGGUUCAAGUCGAGCUUAAAUCAGGAACUGAGGGAACCAGCAUCAAUCCAGAAUAGCACGAUCUGAGAUGAUCGCUCAUUGAGCAAUGAAAUCUUGACUUAGCUUUAGUGCUUUUGCAGUUCAGCGAUGAAGACUUUUUCGUCACUUACGAAGAUGAUAAGCCUUUUGGUUGCUUUUUUAGGAUCUUGAAUUCGUUCGUAGGUUUAUAUCCCGUGCCUGCUGCGUUCAACUAAUGAUAGUCUCAGUCGCCUCCUUUUCCAAUGUUUUCCGUAGGCGAAGCUAUCAGAAUUUAAAUUUCCAGAGUUAACUUGUUUUGUCUUUCAGUUU